GUUUUGGGCAGCCGAAUCGAGCCACCACGCCACCAGCGAUGGCCGGGCAGCCCUAGAGCGCCAUGCGCCACCUCUACCUGCUCGCCGCGGCCGCCGCGGGGCAGCCGCAGCGUAUUUGGAUCGAUGCCGAUUGUGAUGGAUUUCACGACGCGGCUGCAAUCAGCCAGCUAUCAAAAUAUAACAUCAUCGGUGCCUCGGCGGUCUUCGGAAGCGCCACAGUUGUCGAAGCGCAACGGAAAUGCUCCGACGUGCUGCGCAAGGCCAAUAUUGACGUCGAGGUGACCGCCGGCGCUUCACACUACGAAGACACGCAAGCAGCAAAUAAAGCGGUCGGUGCCAUGACGCACGAGCUCGCGAAAGCCAUCAAAGAUAACGAAAAGAUGACCGUCGUGGCGCUAGGCACGCUCACGAACGUCGCGGCACUCGCCGUGAGAAGGCCGGACCUGGCCGAAUCGCUUCAUGUUGUCAUCACGUGCGCUACCAAUGACCCAUCAGACGUUUGUGUAACAAAGGACUGGCAGGCUUUAGCCGCUUUGCUGCGGAGCCCCGCCGACAUGACGAUGGCCCCGCCCGCGCCGCCGGCAGCAUGGGACGACGUGAGUGUGCUACCAUCGUGGCUAUCAACUCUAAUAACGGGCCCGACGCGCGACCCGACCAUUGAUGGCGCUCUUCAAGGCGCGCGCUGCGAGGCCGAGAGCGCGUGGCUCAUGCCGAUCAACGAGGACUUCCACGACCCUCGGUUUGUGUUAGAGACGGGCGAAUUACCGGAGUGGCCGACGAAGGCCACGGCCCUGCGGCCCGACUCCAUCGGGUUGAGCGGGAGUCUCGAGCGGUGCUGGGGCGCGCACGACGCGCGGCGGCGGCUCGUGGAUGACUCGCGUAGCGAGCUGUGAA